GAAAAUAUGCUUUCUAUUGUAGUGACGACAACGAAACAUAUUUGAGUGUCCAUUAUUCUCAUAGGUUCACUUGCCACCGACACUGUUGAUAAGUGUCUGCAGACUUUGCUGAUUUGGCAGUGUUACGCUGGCAGUGGUAACCCUUCCUGUUAUACGUGUCGGUUAUUUGUUGAUGGAAGUGUAGUGUAGACGACAACCAUGGGAAUGGGAGCUUUCGGUGAUCCGAGGCCGAAAAGAUCUCUCAAUGCUGAGAAGCAGGGCCUGUUUUCCAACGCUUCAGGCUGGAAAAGUUUAAUAACAUUUACAGUUUUAGCGUUAGCAUGGAUUUCUGGCUUUGCCUCUCGGCUUUUUGCCGUCAUAAGAUUCGAAAGCAUCAUUCACGAGUUCGACCCAUGGUUCAAUUACCGGUCGACAGCAUACAUGGUCCAACAUGGUUUCUACAACUUCCUCAAUUGGUUCGAUGAACGUGCGUGGUAUCCACUGGGUCGUAUUGUUGGUGGAACAGUGUACCCUGGGCUUAUGAUAACAUCUGGAAGUAUUCACUACAUCUUGCACAGUUUGAACAUUCCUGUCAACAUCAGAGAUAUAUGUGUAUUCCUUGCCCCUGUUUUCAGUGGCCUCACAUCAAUAUCUACUUACUUCCUGACCAAAGAAAUCUGGUCGCCUGGAGCAGGUCUCUUUGCUGCUUGCUUCAUUGCUAUUGUUCCUGGUUACAUAAGUCGGUCUGUGGCUGGAAGUUAUGACAAUGAGGGUAUUGCUAUAUUUGCCCUCCAGAUCACAUACUUCUUGUGGGUGCGAUCUGUUAAAACUGGAUCCAUCUUUUGGGCCUCCCUUACGGCAUUGUCUUACUUUUACAUGGUUUCUGCUUGGGGUGGCUAUGUCUUCAUCAUCAACUUGAUUCCUCUGCAUGUGUUUGCGCUCUUGCUCAUGGGACGAUAUUCAUCCCGUCUGUUCACAAGUUACACAACUUUCUACAUACUCGGUCUCAUUAUGAGUAUGCAAAUCCCAUUUGUUGGUUUCCAGCCCAUUCGAACUUCUGAGCAUAUGGCUGCUAGUGGUGUUUUUGCCUUGAUGAUGGCUAUUUCUUUCCUGAAAUAUGUUCAAACUAUUUUAACAAAGGCUGAAAUGAGAUACUUUUACAUGAUUGCUGUUUUGGGGGCUGGUGGUGUUGUCUUCCUUGCUGUUGUGCUAUUGACAUAUGCUGGUGUUAUUGCUCCAUGGAGUGGUCGUUUCUACUCUUUGUGGGACACAGGCUAUGCCAAAAUUCACAUUCCCAUCAUUGCAUCUGUAUCAGAGCAUCAACCUACCACAUGGUUUUCAUUCUUCUUUGAUUUGCAUAUACUUGUUACUACAUUCCCUGUUGGUCUCUGGUAUUGCAUCAAGAAUAUCAAUGAUGAAAGAGUUUUCAUUGUAUUGUAUGCUGUGAGUGCUGUCUACUUUGCUGGUGUUAUGGUUCGGCUCAUGCUCACUCUUACGCCUGUGGUGUGUGUGCUCAGUGGCAUUGCCUUCUCACAUCUCUUAGGGUUGUACCUUAAAGAGGAAGAAACUAUGUCUACCCCAGACUCUGAUUCUGAGACUGAUGAUGGCUCCAAUGAAAAGAGCAGUCGUAACUUGUAUGACAAGGCUGGGAAACUGAGAAGAAUGCGUCAUGAGCAGAUAAAGGAAUCGGAUGGCUUGGGUAGCAAUGUGAGAGGUCUUAUUGUGAUGGCCAUGCUCAUGAUGUUAAUGAUGUUUGCUGUGCAUUGUACUUGGGUUACUGGCAAUGCUUACUCUAGUCCCAGCAUUGUUCUUGCUUCAUAUGGACAGGAUGGAACUAGACAAAUUUUAGAUGACUUCCGUGAAGCAUACUAUUGGCUUUCUCAAAACACCCACAAUGAUGCUAGGGUUAUGAGCUGGUGGGAUUAUGGUUACCAAAUAGCAGGGAUGGCAAAUCGAACAACAUUAGUGGACAACAAUACGUGGAAUAACAGCCAUAUUGCAUUAGUAGGCAAAGCUAUGUCAUCUAAUGAAAGUGAAGCGUACAAAAUCAUGACUUCCUUGGAUGUGGACUAUGUUCUGGUUAUUUUUGGGGGUGUCAUUGGAUACUCUGGAGAUGAUAUAAACAAGUUCCUUUGGAUGGUUCGAAUUGCUGAAGGAGAACAUCCUAAAGAUAUCAGGGAAAGUGACUACUUCACUGAGAGAGGAGAAUUUCGUGUUGAUUCUGAAGGAACUCCAACAUUAUUGAAUUGUCUCAUGUAUAAGCUUAGCUACUACAGAUUUGGAGAAUUAAGGAUGGAUUAUCGAUCAACUCCUGGAUUUGAUCGCACAAGAAACGUAGUAAUUGGUAAUAAAAACUUUGAUCUUACUUAUUUGGAAGAGGCCUACACGACAGAACAUUGGCUUGUGAGAAUAUACAGAGUGAAAAAACCAGAUGAAUUUAAUCGGCCAAGAAUACCUCUGAGUGAUCGGAAAAUCAAAAGGUCAAAAAUAUUUAUUUCUAAGAAGACGAACAAGAGGAAGAAAGGUUCUAUCAAGAACAAGCCAACUGUUGUCAAAGGAAAGAAGCCCACCAAAACAGCUUAAAUUAUAACUAAAUACCAGUUUCAUGGCUCUGCCAUAUAUCAUAAGGACCAGUUCAAAUUUUUACCAGACUGCCAAAUAAUUGUUAACUACAAUAUUUCCUCACAAUACUGAGUAAUGGUAAUUAUUCCUCAAUAACCUUGUUCUCAGCAUAAAUUGAAAUCUGAGAAGCCAUCAUACUGAACAAUCUGGAAAUAAAUAAACUGUUUGUUUUUUAAAAUCCUCUUUACCCUGUUUUCAAAUACAUUAGCACAGCGACAAGCAAUUGCUAUCCUUCCAUGGUCUAAUGUCAUGUCACGCCUAUAACUAAAGAUUUUCCAACAGUCGAAUUUUAGAAGACUGGCCAUAGGCAUUGAGUAAUUUGGAAAUGAGCAAUUCAAGGAUCUCAAAUUUAUAUAACAUCACUUAAAACUAUUUUCUUGAUUCCAAUUCUUUAACAGGAGGAGUAUUUAAAUUUUUUAUGAAAUUGAUUGUGUGUUUCUUCCAAUUUGAAAUUAAAUCACAAAGAAUGAUGAACUUAGCUUAAGUUUUGUCCUUUGGUAAAUGCUAGACUAGUGACUGACUGAGUAUUUGCUGUGCUAUCGGUCUCACUAAGAACUACCGGCUGGGCCCCACUCGGCGCGCGAAACAACUCUCAACCUUCCUUUUAUGGACAAACUAGGUUUAAGAAGUGUUGACAGUAUAAUUUUCUUAGUGACUGACUGUGCAAUUUUGCACUUGGAUUGCACUAUUGACAUGGCAGGUAGAAGUCUGUCUUUCAUUGAUGAAUGAUGUCUCCUUAAUUAUUACUAGCUCCUCUGAUUGGCUAGUUGAAAUUUAGUUAAGUUUUUGUUGUCGUACAAUAAUUUUAAACUCUAGUUGUUCAUAGUUUGCAAAUGUUUCUUCCUCCGAAUACGAGUUUCCUUUUGCACUAUACGUAACUGUGUUACAUAAUCCAUUCCAGUUAAGUUUUUCCGUAUGGCCAAGCAACGGUUGACAAGAGUCAACAGGGAGUUGUCACAUUUUUGUUUAAAAUCUUAAAUUUGGAUUUUAAAAAAUCCAGUUUUACUUUCUACCAUUUUUUUGUUUUUUAAGUUACAACCCCUGUUCCUCUACCUUUCUUUCUGCCUAGUGUUAGUUCAAAAACAUUUUUUCUGACUGAAUGUCGCCAGUCAAAUUUAAGCUUUACAUAUGCAGUUGCUGAAUGAAGCAUUCUUCAAUGUUAGAUGAGGUCUAUAGUCUACUUUAUUUUGUACAAAGUGUUUGGUUGUCAGUAAGCAGCUCUCACAUAGUUUUGACAGUCCUGUGGUUUAGGAUUUCCAUCUGCGGUGUUGCUGUGAUGAAGUGGAGAAGACUCUUUCUUCAUUGCUCAUACUAUAUCAGAUUACGGUUCACACAGGGAUUUACUUACUUCCCAAGAAGAGUCUGCUUUGUGUUAAAAUGCACUGCUUUGCACAUUUCCUUCUGUAUUUUUUGUGUGAUCGUUUCAAUGAGUGUCGUUUUGUAAACACAUUGUAAGGCUGUGCUGUGAAAUUGAAAAUGUGUCAUUAAAGCUGUUAUUUUAGAAUAUUUUUUAUCCUGGAAACUAAAAAUGAACAAAAAUGUUGACAAUUUGUGAGUGGCUGCCAGAAAUAAUCUUCACCCACCCCACUAUUCUUCUAUUAAUGAUAAUGGAACUUGUCAGAUUGUUUUGAUAAAAGAAGAGAAUGAUUCAUAAUGUUUGCCAGUAAUAGUGGGAUGGACUUCUUUUACUGCAAAAAGAUUUGUUCUCAGGGACAUUAACAUGUUUCAUCCAAUGCAGCCAUGGUGGAGACUAACUGUGUGCUGAUGGAAUCCUCCCUACAAAAAUUGUUUUAAAAAGUUGUCAGCUACAAACUCGUUGUAAUAUUUUUUAAAAACGUUAGACUGUGAAAAUAUAUUGGACUGUCUUGUUGAAA